AUGGAAGACCCAGAUUCUGCUGUCCCUGAAGAACUGAGAGAAACUCACGCCCUCCAAGCUGGGAAGGAUGAGGGAUGGGAAAGGAAUCUGCCAAAUGGUGAGGACACCACCAGAUCUGACGUCCAGUACCAGUGCUUCAGGCAGUUCCGCUCCCAGGAGGCUGAGGGUCCCUCAAAGGUUUGCAACCACCAUCUUUGCCAGCAAUGGCUGAAGCCGGAGUGGCAUACCAAGGAGCAAAUCCUGGACCUGGUCCCAGGGUUCUUCACAGAAGUGGCCACCAAGGCAGAGGAGGCGGCAGCAGACCCCAUUCAGAGAGUGGUGAUCAGGGGAAUUGCUUGGGCAGGAGAUGGAGAUGCGACCUUAGGGGGCGACCGAAGGAUCCAAGAGAUUCAUUAUGGUCCUCAGGAGACGUUUACCAACCAGCAAAAUAAGGGUCUGGUGACAUUAAAGGAGGUCUCUGUUUAUUUCACCCAGGAGGAAUGGGCUCUGCUGGAUCCGGCCCAAAGGGCUUUACAUACAGAAGUUAUGAUGGAGAAUUGCCAGAAUCUGGCCUCCCUUGUAAAGCUUCUGGUUCUCAAAUCUGACCUUGCGUCAUGGCUGGAAGAAGGGGAAGUUCCAUUUGUGCAGACCCCCGAAGGAGGAGAGACACCAUCAGGGCAGGCGGUCAAGAGAGGGGGAGAAGAGCCAAGAAGGGAAACUAACGCAAGACAGAAUUGGAGGGAAGGUGUCGGUUAUUCAGAAAUCCCAGACCCAGAAGAAAGCCACAAAGGGAGUAAUCUCCCUCAGUGUGUGAACCUUGUACCUGACAUUGCACACCUGAGCACUUAUCAAAACAUGUACUAUGAUGAGAAAAGAUGCUCAGAAGAGGGAGAAAGCUUCACUCAGCCCCCCAGCCUUACCUUAUGCCACAUGAUACCCUCUGAGGAAAACCUGCGGAGAUGUUCCAAAUAUGGAAAGAGCUUCCGGAAGACAGGCCAGUUCAUUAAUCAGCGAAGAGUGCAGAGAAUGCACCUUAUUUCCCCUUCCAGAGGGGCGAAACCAUAUAAAUGCUAUGAAUGUGGAAAGAGCUUCAGUCACAGCAUAAACCUUAGCAAUCAUCAGAGAAUCCACACAGGGGAGAAACCGUAUCAGUGCUCCGAGUGUGGGAAGUGCUUUGGUCAGAGCUCACACCUGACAAGGCAUCGAAAAUUACAUGUAGGUCUGAAACCAUAUGAAUGCUCAGGAUGUGGGAAGCGUUUUGGGCGGAGAUCACACCUUACCAGACAUGAAAAACUGCAUGUAGGCCUCAAGCCGCAUGAAUGCUCAGAAUGUGGGGAAGGUUUCUGGCGGAGCUCACACCUUAUUCGACAUCACAAAUUACAUAUAGGACUAAAGCCGUAUCCAUGCUCAGUGUGUGGAAAGAGCUUCAGUAGGAGCUCAAGCCUUGCUUGCCAUCAAAGGAUCCACACGGGAGAGAAACCUUACAAAUGCUCAGAGUGUGGAAAGAGCUUUGGCCAGAGCAGCUACCUUUCUAGACAUCGAAAAUUGCAUGUAGGACUGAAGCCAUAUAAAUGUCUGGAAUGUGGAAAGAGUUUUAGUCGCAGCUCACACCUUACUGUACAUCAAAGAACCCACACAGGGGAGAAACCAUAUGAAUGCUCAAUGUGUGGGAAGAGCUUCAGUCAUAACUCAGGCCUUGCUUGCCAUGAAAGAAUUCAUACCGGGGAGAAACCAUACCAGUGCUCAGAGUGCGGGAGGACUUUCCGUGAGAACUCAAACCUUGCUUCCCAUCAAAGAGUCCAUACUGGAGAGAAACCAUAUCAGUGCUUAGAGUGUGGGAAGUGCUUCACUCAGAAUGCGAGUCUUACUUCCCACCAGAGAAUCCACACAAGAGAGAAACCAUACAUAUGCUCAGAUUGUGGAAAGAGCUUCAAUCACAAAGGAAACCUUGUUAACCAUCAAAGAUUACACACAGGUGAGAAGCCAUAUGAAUGCUCAGAAUGUGGGAAGAGCUUCACCCAGAAAGGAAGCCUUAUUGGCCACCAAAGAAUCCACACAGGGGAGAAACCAUAUAAAUGCUCUGAGUGUGGAAAGACCUUCAGACUCGGCUCAAGCUUCACUUCCCACCUGAGAGUCCACACAGCGGAGAAACCAUAUAAAUGCUCAGUGUGUGGAAAGAGCUUCAGCCAGUGCUCACACCUUGCUAGACAUAAAAAAUUGCAUACAGGACUGAGACCAUAUACUUGCUUGGUUUGUGGAAAGGGCUUCAUUGAGAGAUCAAGGUUUGUUUCCCAUCAAAAAGUGCAUACUGGGGAGAAACCAUACCAGUGCUCAAGAGAGUGGAAAGAGCUUCCUUAUGGGUUACAACCCAUAGAGAAUCCACACAAGGGAGUGACCAUAUAA